CUCGCCCUGCAGUCAGUUUGGCGCGGGCUCGUUUCCGGUGGAGGAGCGCUGGCAGGGAAUAUUUCAACAGUUCCAGAAAUUCCUUGAAUCCGGAUGCAAAAAAGAAACAGAGGAAUCGUUCCUGGGAUUUCAUGUCAAGUCCAGUAAGAAAAUGCAGAAGUCUCAGGAAUAUCUGUACUGUGCGAGGGACAAGGAGAAGGAGCCCGGUCAGAUUGAGGACCUGAUGGAGGAGCUGAGACUGGAGGUGGAAUCUUUACAGAGUUACCUGGAGAAGGCCUUUAACUCCUCCCAUCACCCCCUGAAGAAGGUUCUGAAGCUGCUGCUCGUCGUCUUCCAGGCCACGUACUCCGGUCUGGGCACCAACUUCCAUCUCCUGAGCAUGGCGCAGGAGGAGAUCAAGUACUAUGCCAAGAAGCUCUGGGAGUUCUUCAGAGCGUUACUCACCAUGAAAGCAGAUAAAGGCGGUGGGGCCCUGUCCGGGGGGCCACACGGGGAGGACAUGAGUGAGGAGCUGAACCCGUACACGGUCAUCCUCCCCGCCAUCCUCCCGCGCUUUCACCCCGACCUCUUUAUGCUGUACAUGCUGUAUCGGCAGCAGGAGGACGCCCUCUACUGGCAGGGUAUUGUGCGCCUGGGUCACCUGACUGACACUAAACUGCUGGAGUUUUUAGAUGUACAGAGACAGCUGUGGCCUCUGAAGGACGUGAAGCUGACAGCCAAUCAGGCCCGGCCGCCGACCAGGAAUCCGGCUAACCACAACAGAGCUCAUCCCACACCCUCACCGAGGAGAAAGAGAUAUUCCAUUGUGAGACACAAGUGUUUUCAGUCUGCAACCGAAUGUCUACAGAAGAUCAUCUCCACAGUCGCCCCCAAGGAGAAGCUGGAAAUCAUCCUGAAGACGUAUCAGGAGAUCGAGAAGACGGUGUCCCGGGUGCUCAGUAAGGACUAUAAGCUGCCAAUGGACGACCUGCUGCCCCUCCUGAUAUACGUGGUGUCCCGCGCCGGGAUACAACACCUGGGAGCGGAGAUCCACUUCAUCCAAGACCUGAUGGAUCCAACUAACCGGGGAGGGAUGAAUGAUUUCCUGCUGACAGCUCUGGAGUCUUGCUAUGAACACAUUCAGAAGGACGAGGUUCGUUUAUUUAAAUGAUUUCCCGGUUCCGGAUCAUAAGCUGCGCACAUCUAUGGGGCACAAGUUAAAGAGACUCUUCCUUUCUCCGCCCACGUUAUUCAUGAGCUCCUCCCUCUGCUCCAUGAUGACACGUUAUCUGGAUUAUACAGGAAGUUUAUUGGAUCUUAUUUCAGGCGCACAGAUCAUAUAGUGCAUUUCAUACCUAAAACGUGUGCAGAAGGCACCAAAAUCAUUAAAAAUUGCUCGUAAAUCUUCCCUGCCCUGAUACAGGAAUAAAGGGGUUAAAAUUCAGCUCUCUUCUCAGCACCACCUGCUGAUCACAAGUGAAAUUGCAACUAAAUGAAAGCUCUUUAGCAUCACCUACUGGCUAGAAAUUGAAUCUGGGUAAAAUCUGAAGUCUGUACCACCAUCUGCAGGCCACAACAGGAACUGCAUUAAAUCUGAUCCACCACCUGCUGGAGAGAAAUGGAACUGCGCCAAAAUCAGAGCUCUGUAGCAUCACCUGCAGGCCACAACUGGAACUGUUACAAAAUUUAUAACAAAAAUCAGAUACAGUAUUGGACAUAAAUGCAAAAAAAAAAAAAUAUAUAUAUAUAUAUAUUUUAGAUCUUUUUAUAGUGCAAAAUAAUUUUAUCUAAUGACAGAAAAAAAGAAAACUGUGCACUCACACUCCAUAAAUCAAAAUAAGAUGCCUGCUGGUCAGGAGAUGAACUGCAGUGUAAAGAAUCAUGAAGAGCCCGACGGAUCAUGAACUUGGGGUGUGCGGCCAUCUGUGCUCCAAAAAGGACAGAUCUGAAAUUAACCCUUAGAUGUCACUACGACUACUGAAUAAGUCAGUGUUUCCCAACCAGGGUGCCUCCAGCUGUUGCAUAACUACAACUCCCAGCAUGCCCGGACAGCCUUCGGCUGUCCGGGCAUGCUGGGAGUUGUACUUUUUGCAACAGCUGGAGGCACCCUGGUUGGAAAACACUGAAAUAAGUUAUUAUUAUUAUUGGAUGAUGUGAUUCCUGUGCAGGAUCGGUCACAGGAUUGUAGUGAUGUGAAGUUUGCGUUACUAGGCGGGAUGGAGCGGCUGAGGAUAGAGAUUAUUUAUUAUGUAGACGUAUAUAUAUAUAUAUAUAUUUAUACUGCUCUAGAUGUAAAUAAAGGGGGGACGUUUAAACACUACAGGGAACGUUUGCUGCGAAUACAUAAAAGUAUUUUUCAUAGAAUGAGGCAGAUUGUAAAGGGUUAAGUUGUAAACUUUGCAUUUUCUUAUUAAAGCUUUUUUCACUGAUUCCCGGACAGCAGGGGGCGCUCUCAGUCCUUCAUGGAGU